UUUGGCAACACGCAAUUAGUUCACUCGUUUACCUUUGACGUAGAUAGACGUAAGUUGAGUAGUUAUUUAAUUUCAGUGUCAAUAUAUAAAACAAUUAAUCAGAGUAAGUGUACCUACAGUCUAAACACGAUGAAGACCAGAGUUCCACUGUUGGUGUUAUGCUUGGUGCAGAUUGUCCUAGUCAGCUACGUCUUCGGGUCCAAAGCUUUUAAAGUGGCAAUAGUGAACUACGACGCAAAGCAAACAGAUGAGCACUGCACGUUCCUCGACCCCUGCUCUCUGAGGAACAUCUCCUGCCGGUACAUCUCCCACCUCCGGAGGCAGCCAAUCAGCGAGACGUACCACACCAACCUGGACACUACCGUCCACGCGCUGCAGAAUUCGGAGCUCGAUGCUUCCGCAGUUGUUUAUAUGAACGAAAACUUCACCGAUGCUUUCGUGGCUAAAAUGGCUUUAGGAGACGACGCAGAUGCAGAAACUGUCGACUCAGGACAACUGCACGUGUGGCUGAACAAGGCAGAGCAAACCGAUACCAUCAAACGUCUCCUAGAGACUGCGUUUGACCACUUUACUAAGGACAUAAUGACAGCAUGCGAGUUUGUACAAGACCAGAGCCGCUUCUCUUUUAGUAAUUCUUUUCAUUACCACUACGUUUAAUUAUAGUAUCAAAAUAAAGUGCAUAACUCAUGAACAAUAAUGAGUUUCUAGGGAUAUU